UUAAAUAUUCUGGUUGACACUGGGAGCAGUAAUUUUGCUGUAGCAGGUGUGCCUGAUCCUGAUGUCACCUCCUACUUCAAUACUGAGCUGUCAAGUACAUACAAAUCUCAAGGGAUUGAUGUCACAGUUAAGUACAGUCAAGGAAGCUGGACUGGAGUGCUGGGUACAGAUGUCAUUACGAUCCCAAAAGGAAUCUCUGGCAGCUACACCAUCAACAUUGCUACCAUUCUUGAAUCAGAGAAUUUCUUCUUACCAGGUGUUAAGUGGCACGGGAUUCUUGGUCUUGCCUAUGAUGCCUUAGCCAAACCUUCAAGUUCUGUGGAGACGUUCUUUGAUUCUCUUGUGAGGCAGGCAAAGAUCCCCAACAUUUUCUCCUUGCAGAUGUGUGGUGCUGGACUCCCCGUUUCUGGAAGUGGUACCAACGGAGGUAGUCUUGUUCUGGGUGGAGUUGAACCAAGUCUGUACAGGGGUGAUAUUUGGUACACACCGAUCAAAGAGGAGUGGUAUUACCAGGUUGAAAUUCUCAAACUGGAAGUUGGAGGACAGAACCUUGAAUUGGACUGCAGAGAGUAUAACGCCGAUAAAGCAAUAGUAGACAGUGGGACCACACUCCUCCGUCUGCCCCAGAAAGUCUUCAGUGCUGUUGUGCAAGCAAUAGCUCGCACCUCCCUGAUACAAGAAUUUUCUUCUGGUUUCUGGACUGGUUCACAGCUUGCAUGCUGGGAUAAAACUGAAAGACCCUGGUCUUUAUUUCCCAAACUCUCCAUUUACCUGAGGGAUGAAAACUCCAGUAGGUCGUUUCGGAUCUCUGUCCUACCACAGCUUUACAUUCAACCAAUCCUUGGAAUAGGAGAGAAUUUACUGUGCUACCGAUUUGGCAUCUCUUCUUCCACGAAUGCUCUAGUUAUUGGUGCUACAGUCAUGGAGGGUUUCUAUGUAAUAUUUGACAGAGCCCAGAGGAGAGUGGGCUUUGCAGUGAGUCCAUGUGCAGAAGUUGAUGGCUCUCCAGUAUCCGAGAUUGAAGGCCCUUUCACAACAGCAGAUGUUGCAAGCAACUGUGUUUCUAGCGUUUCUUUCCAUGAACCAGUGUUGUGGAUUGCCUCCUAUGCUCUCAUGAGCCUGUGUGGAAUUAUCCUCCUUGUACUGAUCAUCCUGCUGCUUAUUCCACCACGGUGUCAGCAUCGCUACACUGACAAUGACGUAGUCAAUGACGAAUCCUCCUUAGUGCGUCAUCGAUGGAAAUGAGAAACUUGAUCCUGAAACCUGGGACUUAGAAUGAAGAACAAAGUACUUUGCCAAGGGGAAGAAGCCAAUGCCUCAGUCCUUUCUACGUUCAUUACAAAUUGCUGUUGGAAUCCUACCAAACACCCUGCAUCGUAACUUUUUAAGCUUUAUUUUCUAACACUGAUUUUGAACCAAAGCACUGUUAACCACCUCGUAAGUGCUAUGGUACUGGAUUUGCUACUGCAGUACAAUGAGCCUUUAUGCUCUCAAUAGUACCUUCUUUUAAAAGA